CAUGAAAAGACAGAUGAGGUAAUUCCAGUUUUUUUGGUGUAGGCGUUUAGCUACUAUAAGAGUGUGUGCAUGUAUCAGUCAGAAGCAGCUUUAUUCCUAGACCAGUCUCUCUUGGUGAAGGCAUUAUGGGACAGAGAGUGAUGGGACCCACCGUACCUGCUGGGGCUGCCUGCGGGGAUGCUUUGAUAAGUGUAACCCCAGACGAGUCUGUGCUGAUCCUCAUAAAUCACUGCCGGGACAUGAAGAGGCAGGAGGCGAGGCUCCGGCUUAUCACUCUGCUCCUUCUGCUCGGCUGUGCUGCACUGUUUGUUUACAGCACGUGUGCUAAUUUAGGGCAGCAUGGAAAAUCGAGCAGACACGGGAGUGCAGAAGACCAAACUCCAGCCUACUCAAAGCAAGAGAGAGGGUGCCCUGAAGCUCCACAUGCAGAAACUGUUCAAAGGAAAGCGGAAACAGAGAAAAUUCAUCUCCAGUCUACAGGCAAGACUAAUGGAUCUUACAUCACGUGGACUCCUAUGUGGGGAAAAAUGAACUACGACAAAGAGAAGAAUGCCAUUGUGAUUCCCACGACUGGUAUCUACUUCAUCUACCUGAGGUUUACUUUAAGCUGUGAUGAUGAUGUGGAAAAGGCAGAAUUCCGGAAACUCCAUAUACAGCUGCAGCGCUGGAGUGAAGCAUAUGGUAGAGUCACUACAGAACUGGAUGCCUGGGAGAGUGUCAAGUGUCAAAAAGAGUCAAAAGACUACCAGACCUUGUUUGUGGGGCAGCUUUUUGACCGGUUAGAGGGAGAAUUCUUGAGCGUGAAAGUCAUAGAUGGUUACAACCUGAUCAAGACGUCCUUUUUUGGCGCUUUUCUCCAAUAAUUGGUGUACGUGAUCAUUGUCUCAUUCUUAAUGCAUUUACUUUUUAAGUUAAUAUAACUUGGUGUUCUAUAGGGUUAGGGUUGUGUUUGGUUUGGUUUUAGCCACAUGCUAAUUAGGCUAAUUUCCAGAAUCGAGACAAGUUUGCCUUUCAGAUGUAUUAUCGUAUAUUCAAUGAGGCCCCAUAAUUUGAAGGGCAUGUUAAUUGCAUCCCAACCCUAGAUGGGUCACUGGUAACCUGGUGGAUGUUAAGGUUAAAAUUUAAACAGUUGUAUGCUCUAUAUUUUUAAUCCUGGAACUUAAAGUGCCCUUAUGCAAGCCCCUCAGUUCGUCCUGAACCAUCCAGUUUGGGGUUUCAGUGUUUCUUUGUGGUUCAAGAGGCAGGUGCUCCACAUAAGGGUAAUUUCAUUUCAUCAGCUUUAAAGACUGAGCAUACAAAAUGUGUGUGUGUGGUUAUUGUUUUAAAUUUGCACUGAAAAAUGGUUUAAAAUAUUUAAAGAGAGAAAAUUGAGGGUGUUUAUUUAUUUUCAGAUUACCCACUCAUUUAUCAAUUUUACAUGUUUAUCCUAAGUUCCAGUUUGUUAUCCCAGCCAUUGCCAUGUACUUUAGCAUGAGAUGCUACUGUUGUUUAGUUCUUUUGUUAGUCUUGCAUCAGCCUUUUAAAUAAACCUCUUAGAUGUUUCAUACAUCCCUAAUAACUUUUGUAAGUCUUUGAGUGUGUGUGUGUGUGUGUGUGUGUGUGUGUGUGUGUGUGUGUGUGUGUGUGUGUGUGUGUGUGUGUGUGUUCAAAAGCCUAACAGGCAUAUGUUAAUGUUUAAAGAAGCCACCAGACCAGAUAUAAACAGACAGGUUUUUGUAUUGCUUGUACUCAGGGACGCUUUGGGAAACAAAUGAAACUCUACUAAUAAAAGCACAAAACAUACUGAC